AUGGUGAAGCAUAACAAUGUUAUCCCUAAUGAACACUUCAGAAAGCACUGGCAAAACUAUGUGAAGACAUGGUUUAAUCAGCCAGCAAGGAAAACAAGAAGACGAUUGGCUCGUCAGAAGAAAGCUGUUAAGAUUUUCCCCCGGCCUACUGCUGGACCUCUCAGGCCCAUUGUUCAUGGACAAACUCAGAAAUAUAACAUGAAACUUAGGGCUGGCAAAGGGUUUUCUCUUGAGGAAUUGAAGGCUGCUGGCAUUCCCAAAAAGCUUGCACGAACUAUCGGCAUUUCUGUUGAUCAUCGCCGUAGGAACAGAUCCUUGGAGGGUCUGCAAGCCAAUGUGCAGAGGCUGAAAACAUACAAGGCUAAGUUGGUCGUCUUCCCAAGACGUGCACGCAAGGUUAAGGCUGGUGAUUCUACUCCCGAGGAACUUGCAAAUGCCACACAGGUUCAAGGUUCAUACUUGCCCAUUGUGAGGGAGAAGCCAGCUGUAGAGCUGGUUAAGAUUACAGAUGAAAUGAAGGCAUUUAAAGCUUAUUACAAGCUUCGCCUUGAACGAACGAACAAACGCCAUCUUGGUGCCAGACUGAAAAGGGCUGCCGAGGCUGAGAAGGAAGACAAGAAGUGA